AUGCUGGACCCACCUGGUGUUGCAGGCCGUGAGCUGACCGUGUGCGUGUCCGAGGCGUCGUGCUGCACCCUGGAGAUGGAGGCGGCGCUCCAGCGGCUGGUGCGCAGGGACUUCCAGGCGCUGCUGCACCACAACUCCAGGUCGCUGGAGGGCCUGCUCGUCUCCGCCGCCAACACCAUACGAGAGCACGUGCUGGAGCUGCUGCGGCAGUCGGAGAAUAAGACGGCGUCGCUGUUCGAGCAGCAGUACCGGCUGAUCUCGAGGCAGGCGCGCGACCCCGUGUCGGCGCUGUACGCGACGCUGGGCGGCCACCUGGAGGCGCCGCUGCAGCCCAGCGCGGGCGCCAGCGCCCCGGGGCCCGCCGCCGACCUGGAGGAGGCCGUCACCGACAUGUUCGCCGGCCUCUUCCCGCUCGUCUACCGGCACGCCGUGUCCAAGGCGCGCGACUUCGCCGCCGACUACAAGGCGUGCCUGCGCGAGGUGACGCCCGAGCUGCAGCCGUUCGGCGACGCGCCGCGCCAGCUGGCCAGGUCGGUGCAGCGCGCCCUGGAGGCGGCCAGGGUGCUGCGGCAGGCGCUGCUGCUGGGCGCCGAGGUGCUCAACGCCACCGACUCGCUGCUCACCGGCGAGAACGGCCCGCCAGGUGGAGCGGCGGCCCAGGCGCAGUGCCACGCGGCGCUGCUCCGCAUGUCGUACUGCUCGCGCUGCCACGGGCUGCAGCGGCGCGUCCGUCCCUGCGCCGGGCUGUGCCUGAACGUGCUACGCGGCUGCCUGACGCAGCACGCCGCCGAGCUGGACCUGCCGUGGAACGGAUACGUGGAGGCCGCAGAGAGGCUGGUCGUCGCCGUCCAGGGCCACGGCGCCGUCGACGACGUGCUGCGCUCGCUCGACGGACGCAUCACCGAGGCCAUCAUGAUCGCGAUGGUGCCCGCGCCCAACCUCGAGGAAAAGGUGAAGCGGUCUUGCGGGCCGCACAAGUGGGACGAGAGCUCGCCGGAUAGCUCACAGGGCGAAGAGGAGGAGGUGGAGGCGGGGGAGGCGGCGGGCGGCGGGGGCCCGCGGCAGCUCGCCAGCGGCCAAAGCGAGGUGCUCGGCGUCACCCUCACGCAGGGCCACAUCACUACUGGGUCGGGCCAGGACACGCUGUCCUCGAAGCUGCAGCACUUCCUCACCAGCCUGACGAGGAGCCGCGGCUUCUACGCCAACCUGGCCGAGUCGCUGUGCUCCGACGAGAGCUUCGCCGAGACCAGAGACACGGCCGACUGCUGGAACGGCCAGCGCGUCGGAGAGUACACAAAAACUGUGGUGGCUUCAAGUGUGACUGCACAGAAGUAUAACCCUGAACUGACAUGGACUCCAUACAACCCCGAUGCACGAAUUGCCGAGCUCAGUGACAAACUGAGGCAUAUAAAGCAGGUUGUGGUAAGCCAAUUGACAGAAACACCUCCAGCACUCUCCUUCACUCACUACGAAGAGGGAAGUGGAAGUGGACAGGAGCCAGGUGGAGGCUGGGAUGCUGAACAAGAUGGAGGAUGGCGAGAUGAUGGCUCAGGUUCUGGAGACAUACCAAUUGGUGGAGGAGCAGGAGGGGUGGAUACUAGUUCAACAGAUCAUGCAGUACAUGUCUCACCAGGUGAAGGAAGAGAUGAAAAGAAAGCUGAUUCGGGAGCUGAUACUGUAUUCUCCUGCAGUCUUCUGCUCAUUGUCUUUGGUGCAACAGCAGCAACAUCAUAUAUAUAUGAUGGUUAGAUGUGUCUGUAUACCGAUACUCCAGCUGUCAAGAAGCCUGGGUUCCCAUCAGUUCACACAUCACCAACUCACAUCCAAUUGUGACAUCUUAUGAAAACACUGGUCAACUAUUAAAACACUGACCAUGUUACAUUGUGUGAAAUUAGUGUAUGUACUGAAUCAUUGUGACUGAGAAAAAAAAUGCAGCCUGCACAGUGCAAGCUUAUGAUAUUAAAGAGAUUUAUAUAUAUAUUCAUUAUUUCUUCAUAUAUUAACAAAUUAAUAUCAACCAGUCUUUAAAAUUAUAUUGUGGUUGCAAUUGUUUGUUAAUAUAUGAACAUGAUAAACAUAGUUACACUAUGAAUGAUGGCCAAUAUGGUUUCAAAAGAUGUUUAUUUUUGGUUUACAAAUUAUGUCUGUGCCCCUGCAUCUAAACUUUUGUACUUAAAUAGUACACCGUAUUUGUGCACAACAUAAAAUGCUAUUAGUUUUGUUUUUCACAAAAUCAUCUUUCUAACUAUGAAAACGUAAUAUCAGUUAAGGAGUUCUGAAUCAGUACACCAUCAUCAUUGUUAACAUAAAUUCCAUUGUGGUCCAUCAGAUUGCGAAGCUGAAACCGGACUGCUUCAUUAGCACCUUAGUUUGGUGAUGACUAGGCAUUUUUAUACACUCAUUCAGUGGAUAAAUGCAUUCAAACACUGCAGAAAUCAUUUUCACAGAUCAACAACAGCACUAGCCCAUCAUUGUUUAAGGGAAUGCUUCACAGCAACGGAAUAAAUAGUCAGCACAUAAGUGACAGCUCUCAAAAUGCACAAGAGGCUGAUGUUAUCAUGUAAUACAGUGUUGAAAAGAAAAUAAUGUUUAACAUUCAUUGAAGGAUUACAAAAAUAGUAUCAUUCUGUUAGAGAAAUAUAAAAAAUCAUCACUAAAUGCAUUGACUCUGGAAGUGUCAUUUUGGCACAUGUUUUUGUAUACCAAUAUGUAACUGCAUCAGAACAAAAAGAUGAAAAGAAUUUUCAGUAUUUUCAAGUGCUUUAAUUACUCCAUGUUUCAUUCAUAGAUUUUGGCCCUACAUUUUGUCUUCAGAACUCUGCUUUCAAUUUCCACCUUUCAGUGCAUAGCUGACAUUUCCAUUUAGACACAUAAAUCUUCAUGGUUGAUAUAAUAUGAGACUAACAUAUCUAGGAAGAAUGUUAUUGUGUGUGGAUGAGUGUUAGUGUGAUAAAUACUUGUGUAUUCUAAAAUUCACAGUUAUUUGGUUAUCCAGUGAAGUUUCACAGUAAGUUUAAAACAGAAAUGCAUCACACAAAUUGAAAGGCCCAAUUAAACUUGCUCAUAAUUUAGGGUACAAAAUCCACAACAGUUGCACAGGGACAAUCUUUACUUGAUUCUUUCACCCAGAACUGACUGACAUAUCUUCACCCUAAUUAUGUGAGCAGCAGAAGCUGUUUAAAUUGUUUACAUACUUACAUAAGUUUACAGCAUUGUGACAUAAAUCAAGGAGACAAAGUGACCCAAAAAUUAAAAAACAUGACCAUAUUAUGAAUUACAGAGCUAUUGAUUUCUGAGUGUUUUUGUUUCCCUCCUGGGUAAAUCAGUGAACUUCUUUUUCUCUGUGUUGGUUAUAUAAAUGUAGAUGUUUAAGAGAUAAAGUACUGACCCCUCUUAUACAUUUUGAAAAUGGUACUUGUACUCAUGAGACCAAUAUUAUUUUACACAAAUGUGCAGAUUCGGUGAAAGAAAACAGAUUCGGUGAAAGAAAACAACCAAAAAUUUGAUGGAAAAAUCUCGUGUUAUUGUCUUACAUGCAUUUCCUUACAAAAUUAUUGAGUGACACGGAACAGAAUGGACAGUGAAUCUCAUUAAGUUGGGCGUUAAAAUUUUAGUAGGAUGGUAUAAUGAAAUUUCUCUUCUGUAUAGAACAUAUCAUAUAUGUUCAUAUCAUUUACAUAUUUUGCUCUCUUAAGCUUCAACAAGUAGUUCUUAAUUAUUGUCCCAGCAAUCAGAAAUGAAAAUGGAAAGACUAUCUCAGGGACUGGUAUGUUUUAUACAUAUCUGUUCAGCAUUAUAAUUUUCAGCAGACAGUAAUGCAACUUAGGCAUCUAAAAGGGAAAAAAAAGUUUCUGUGAGAAUGCAAAAUAAGAAGAAAACAAGUGUGACUCUGUCUCUGCUUCUGCUGUACUUCAGCUACUUGGUCUUCACCUGUUACAGUGCAAUAACUCCUAGAUACAAAAGUCUAAGUGAAAACUUAACAUAAACAUGGAAAAAUUGAAGAGGAUGAUAUUCAGGUCCUCUUGCAAAAGAAAUUUUAGGUAUCCCACAUCAGCAAAAGCAGUCACUUAGUUGCUGUUGUCACACUUAUAACAUUGUGUAUUUGUAUUUGAGAAUUUUAAUGUACUCAUUAUUUUUAAUGUGCCUUUCUUUCUUCUCUUUAAUAAUGCAGUAAAAAGUGAGAGGUCUCCUUUUUAAACUUUUGAUGCACAUACUGUUACUAUUGAAGUUAUUGAUUUCUUUUAUUCAACUAUAAUGGUUAUUCUUUUCAAGCUGUGAUAAAAAUGAAACAUAGCAGGGUGACCCAAGUUUAAGCAGCAUAUUUGUUCCAUAAUAAUUCAGUUUAUGUGGCGUAAUAUCUAGUGCUUCCAAUAACUGUCUUUAAAAUGGGUUUGAAAAUCUGUUGAAGACUUGCAGAAAAUUUCCCUACGUGGAACUGUUAUUCAAAAGCUUCAGACUAAAACAUCAUCAUUGGCAGUAUUUUGAUUCCAUCAUACUGAAUUUACAAAGGCCAUUUAGGAUAGUUUGGUAGAAGAAAAUACUGAAUAGAGAUACCAACCCGCAAAUAGUGUUAAUAAGUUCUUUGAUGUUUAAAUAUAACUGUAUCAAAAAAUUAUUUGUAUACAGCAUUUUCUACCCUGUCUGACUAGCUGGGGGCUUUUUUUAAAAUUGUUAGUGUGGCUUCUAUCACUGAUGUGCAUAGACAAUGACUAUGGGUACAUCUAGCUUGUUAGCCUUUAUAAAUGUCACUUUCAUAAUUAACUUCUAGUUUACAUAUAGUGAUUUGCCUUUGUCAAAUAAAUAAAAUGCUUAUGGAAAUGAAUUAACUAACAUACAAAGACAGGACAGACAAACAAGAAGCAUUCACUGGCUGAGACUAACAGUUUAUUUACCAGUAUGACAUAGAAAUGCAUAUUUGUGGUUACUAAAGAAACUACAUAUGGUCUUGAAAACAAGUUUAAAUAUUGAAACUUAAAUUUUUCUCCACCUAAAUUGCCUAAUUUAUCCUGUCUAAAUUGAUGCUGCUAAAACUCUAUUCUCAACAGUAGAUUUUAAUUGCUGCCUUUUCCUUAGCAGUUGCUGAAAAUAGCUUUUUUUUUCCAGUAAAUUCACGAACAUAUAAAUCAGUACUUCCUGAACAAUGGAUUUCAAAUAAUAUUAAAAACAAUUAGGCCUGUUAAUAAAUGCAUAACAGUAAAUGUUUAGUUGUAGAGGAAGCUAUGUUG